CCCCUGAAGGCAUCCCCCCGUCCCCUGCUGUAGCUGCGCAGAGGAGCGUGCUGUCUGUAGAGAUGGCGGCCUGUGCGUUGCGCCGCGGCUUGCUGAGCUCCGUCACCAAAUACAACAAGAAACACGCUCACAGGAUACUCAGCGUGGUGGACAGCAGCAGCGGCUUGGAGCUGUUCAGACCGCGGGUUCAAUGCCGGAGCUGCGGGCUGCCCGGCGGCGUCCAGCAGAGGAGGUUCAUGUCCUCACGGAGCAGGCCUGAAGGGAAGAUCCUGGAGACAGUGGGAGUGUUUGAGGCUGUGAAGCAGCACGGCAAAUAUGAAACCGGACAGCUGUUUCUCCACAGCGUGUUUGGUUACAGAGGCAUCGUCUUGUUUCCCUGGCACGCCCGACUUUAUGACAGAGACAUCACCCCUCCCAUGUCUGAAAGCAAACCUGAGCCUCCAGGAGCCCACGGCUCUAAGGAGGUGAAGGGGAAGACUCACACCUACUACCAAGUCCUGAUUGACACUAGGGACUGCCCUCACAUAUCUCAGAGGUCCCAGACAGAGGCAGUGACGUUUCUGGCCAACCAUGAUGACAGCAGAGCCCUGUACGCUAUCCCAGGUCUGGACUAUGUGAGCCAUGAAGACAUCCUGCCCUAUAACUCUGCAGAGCAGAUCCCCAUCCAGCACGAGCUGUUUGAGCGCUUCCUCAUGUUCAACCCUGCCAAAACUCCUCCGUUCACAUCCAGAGACACGCUGAAGGCGUGGCAGGAGAAGAACCACCCCUGGCUGGAGCUCUCAGACGUCCACAGGGAGACCACCGAGAACAUCCGGGUCACCGUCAUCCCCUUCUACAUGGGCAUGAGGGAGGCUCAGAACUCCCAUGUUUACUGGUGGCGCUACUGUAUCCGUCUGGAGAACAUGGGUAACGAGGUGGUUCAGCUGAGAGAGCGGCACUGGAGGAUCUUCAGCCUGUCAGGAACCCUGGAGACGGUCCGAGGACGAGGAGUCGUUGGCAGGGAGCCGGUGUUGUCUAAAGAACAGCCAGCCUUUCAGUACAGCAGCCAUGUGUCUCUACAAGCCCCCAGUGGUCACAUGUGGGGGACGUUUCGUAUUGAAAGGACUGAUGGCUCCCACUUCGACGUUCGCAUUCCUCCUUUCUCCCUGGAGAGCAACAAAGACGACAAAGCGCCCCCCGCUGGCUACACAUUCUAACUGCGAGUAGUCACCUCCCACCUGCGAGGCCCCGGACACGCCGUCAGUCCUGGUCCUGUCUGGGUUGUCUAGAAUUGUUCUCCCCCUGUUAAAUUGCUUCAGCCUUCAGCAUAAGAAUAGCGCGAGUCAGGUUAUACAAAGGGGAAAUAUAGCCUUUUCUAGAUCAUCCAAACGCAGGCCCACCUUGGCCUUUUCCUGUGAGAGUGCAUCAACAGCAGUAUGUCAUUGAUUAAAUCCUAUAGAGAUAUUAUUGGCUGUCGCGUGCGUCUUCGCUCCAUGUUGUGUUUGAAGAGACAUGCACAGUCAAGCGGAAGAGCGUUGGGAGGUAGGGAGGGGAGUCAAUGUUGCCGAGCUGAGCUGGACAUGCUGUGCAUCCAGUAGCUGAAAUAUUGAGCAGGUUGUUUUUAAUGUAUUUCCUGCUGAGCUUUGGGUUCAUGAACAGAACAACAACUCCAGCUGACCUUCAUACUGAGGCCUCAGUCGGACACUUCAAGUCAACAAGUAAGCCGUCACUUAAACUACAUGCUACAAACUCCUCCUUGAUUAUUUUUGUUUGAAUUUACGAAAACAUGACUCAUGACUUAUCCCGCACUCUAUUUUUCUGUCAUGUUUUUAAGUAUAAUACUGCCCUUUCACAGUUCAGUUAUGUCAGACCUCUGUGGGACACUUAUGAGAGGGAAUUCAGAUUGAAAUCUGGGCUGGUUAUAGUGCUGAAGUUACAGAGUUUUAUAACAUUGAAGCACAGUGGAUGGAGUCAGGGGCUGUUUGACGCAGAUCAACAGAAAAAAAGACUUCAAUGUGAAAAUUAAAUCAAAUGUCUACAAAGGAUUUUAAGUAAAAAUGUAAAACAGUAUUUUUUAUAUUCCUCUUCACGUAAUUUAGUAGAUGCACCUUUGACAGUGAUUAUAACCGUCUAAAGUGUUCUACAGUACAAGUACUUCUUAGUAAACAGCCUCACGUCUCUUAGUUCCUUUCUCACAUGGAUACGCAGUUUUUGAAGACGGCUCGCCUUAGACACAUUUACAGCGGCGUCCCUAUGUCAAAUCAUCAAGUGCUUGAGCGCUCUCUUGCAUCGACAUUUUGAGCACUUUCCGUAAGUCCACAUUUCUGCAGACUUUGCCUGAGGGUAUUACCCACAAUUCAUAGUGCUGUGAUGUUACACACAUGGUUACCAGGGGAAGCCCGGAGGUGUAAAAAAAACGAUAAAUAAGGAGGACGGCACACGGGUGUUCAGCCAGGCAUAUUUAAACUUAUACAGAAACAUUAACAUUAAGGAUUUAAGAUGGUACAUAAAACACAUUAGACUAUAUUACACACCUGGUUUAUUCAUCAAUCACUUCUUUUAAUUUUGUUUAAUGAAGUUACCUCUAAUCUCGUAAGGCAAGAGCUUGAAAGACGUUCAAAUAGGCAGUAAAAAAUGUAAAAUUAAAAACCCACAAUUGGCAUUGUCAAGGUAACGUGAUAUGUCGCCGCAAAGUGCUGUCCCAUUUAUAUUUGUACCAUUUCAAUCUUUUGCAGCCUCUCGCACUCGACCUUUACCAGGUGACGUCAGUCAAGUUCCUGAGGGUUCAGGGCUUAAGGCCUUAGGGGGGGACAUCAAGAUUGGGCCUCUCUGGUAUCGUUCCUCUGAGUGGUCAUUUUUGAUGCCCCAGGGAAAGAGAAAAACAAGCACUUGUCUCAUCUUGAAUGCACACGGAUCUCUAUUUAAAGGAUAAUGCAUCUUAUAAAACAGUUAGCUGCUCCAGAUAUAAUUUAGGUGUGACACUUUUAAAGAGAGUGAAUACUUACACCAUCAAUUAUAUGUAAUUAUAAUGUUUAUAUUUGUAUAUGAGUUAGAUCAUGUUUGAAGAGAUCUGGUUCCUCUUUGACAUUUAAAGUCCUGUUCUCUUGAUCAGCGCUUCAAAACUCGUAAUUCCAUCCACUGUGAUUCAAUGUUGUGAAAGAUCAAACUAAAAGAGUCAAGGGGGGGUGGGGGGCUGAAUACUUUUUAUAAGCAGUGAACUGUACGUGUUGACAGCCAAAAAGGAAUCCCUCCUUUGCUGGAAAGGAGGUGAGUCAGGUCUUAGUUGUCUUUGAAUAACAAUUGCAGCACAUCAUAAAGUAAUUAAACCAAGCCCUUGGCAGCCAGUGCUGUGGCUAACAGGAGAGGAGAGUGUGUGUUUUCUUCUCUGCUCUCUGUAAAAACCAGAAUGAAGUCUUCAUCCUCUACACACAUGCUGGAUGUCGUUCGUUAAGGCUGACUGUUUGACUUUGCGAGCGAGCUCUGUGUCAAGAAAAGUUAAGAUGAGCCUAGAAUUUCUCUCUGGUAAAGUGAGGAAAGAAACUAACAUAUUUGUUUUAAUAAGUGAUUUGAAGCAACUAUAAUGGUUGAAAUACUACUGUAAAUAGAGAUGUAAUUAAAGGCAAAACAAAUAAAUAAAUAAAUGAUACCUUUUUUGAAAAGUA